GCGCAGUGCAGCCGGGAGCGCGCAGUGCGGCGCACCGAGCGCAGGCUGCGGCGAGCCCGGCACUGGCGGCGCAGGUGAGGAUCCCAGGAGCCCGCCGGCAGGCGCACGUGGUCGGCUGCCCUCGCGCGGAGGAGCCGAGGCCGGUGCGGCCCGGGCGGCCAGAAUGGUAACGCGAAGAUCCCAGCUCAGCCGCGCGGGACUAGCCUUCGCCCUGUGCCUCCAGCACCUCGUCAGCGCCAUCGAGGUCCCCCUUGACUCAAAUAUUCAGAGUGAAUUGCCUCAGCCGCCCACAAUCACCAAGCAGUCUGUGAAGGACUACAUCGUCGACCCCAGGGAUAACAUCUUCAUCGAAUGUGAAGCUAAAGGGAAUCCAGUUCCCACGUUUUCAUGGACGCGGAAUGGGAAGUUCUUCAAUGUGGCAAAAGACCCCAAAGUAUCGAUGCGGCGACGGUCAGGGACGCUGGUCAUUGACUUCCACGGCGGCGGCCGGCCGGAGGACUACGAGGGCGAAUACCAGUGCUUCGCGCGGAAUGAUUACGGGACGGCGCUCUCCAGCAAAAUCCACCUCCAGGUUUCUAAGUCUCCCUUGUGGCCCAAGGAAAAGGUGGAUGUGAUAGAGGUUGAUGAAGGUGCUCCGCUUAGCCUGCAGUGCAACCCACCGCCUGGCCUGCCUUCUCCAGUCAUCUUCUGGAUGAGCAGCUCCAUGGAGCCAAUCCACCAGGACAAGCGCGUCUCCCAAGGCCAGAACGGGGACUUGUACUUCUCCAACGUCUUGCUGCAGGAUGCCCAGACGGACUACAGCUGUAAUGCACGCUUCCACUUCACCCACACCAUUCAGCAGAAAAACCCGUACACCCUCAAGGUGAAAACCACCCGAGGGAUUACGGAAACAACGCCCAGCUUCAUGUAUCCGUACGGGACGUCAAGCAGCCAGAUGGUGCUCCGGGGGGUGGACCUGCUGCUGGAGUGCAUCGCUUCAGGCGUACCAGCGCCAGACAUCAUGUGGUACAAGAAAGGAGGAGAGCUCCCAGCAGGCAAAACCAAGCUGGAAAACUUUAACAAGGCCCUUCGCAUCUCCAACGUCUCGGAGGAGGACUCGGGGGAGUAUUUCUGCUUGGCUUCGAACAAGAUGGGCAGCAUCCGCCACACAAUCUCAGUGAGAGUGAAGGCUGCUCCGUAUUGGUUGGAUGAACCACAAAACCUAAUUUUGGCCCCUGGGGAGGAUGGCAGACUGGUUUGUCGCGCCAAUGGAAACCCGAAGCCUACAAUACAGUGGCUGGUGAACGGCGAGCCCGUGGAAGCUUCUCCCCCCAACCCGAGCCGUGAAGUGGCUGGAGACACCAUCGUAUUUCGAGAUACCCAGAUAGGCAGCAGUGCCGUGUACCAAUGCAACGCUUCCAACGAGCACGGCUACCUUCUCGCCAACGCCUUCGUCAGCGUCCUGGAUGUGCCGCCACGGAUACUAGCCCCUCGCAAUCAGCUGAUCAAAGUCAUUCAGUACAACAGGACCCGGCUCGACUGCCCCUUCUUUGGCUCCCCGAUCCCCACGCUCAGAUGGUUUAAGAAUGGCCAGGGAAACACUCUGGAUGGAGGAAACUACAAGGCACACGAAAACGGGAGCCUGGAAAUGAACAUGGCUCGGAAAGAGGACCAGGGCAUCUACACUUGUGUCGCUACCAACAUCCUGGGUAAAGCAGAGGCCCAGGUUCGCUUGGAGGUCAAAGAUCCAACUAGGAUUGUGAGAGGACCAGAAGAUCAAGUGGUGAAGAGGGGCUCCAUGCCUCGCCUGCACUGUCGUAUAAAGCAUGACCCUACGUUGAAACUCACAGUCACCUGGCUGAAAGAUGAUGCACCGCUUUAUAUUGGAAACAGGAUGAAGAAAGAAGAUGAUGGUCUGACAAUAUACGGUGUGGCUGAAAAGGACCAAGGCGACUACACCUGUAUAGCUAGCACUGAAUUGGACAAGGAUUCUGCUAAAGCUUACCUAACUGUACUAGCAAUCCCUGCUAACCGUUUGAGAGACUUACCUAAAGAACGACCUGACCGGCCCCGUGACUUGGAGCUCACGGACUUGGCCGAAAGGAGCGUGCGGUUGACGUGGAUACCUGGCGAUGACAAUAACAGCCCCAUCACAGACUACAUCGUUCAGUUUGAGGAGGACCGGUUCCAACCUGGCACAUGGCAUAACCACUCCAGCUAUCCCGGGAGCGUGAACUCAGCUGUCCUGAGCCUCUCUCCUUACGUCAACUACCAGUUCCGGGUGAUUGCCGUGAACGACGUGGGCAGCAGCCUGCCCAGCGUGCCCUCCGAGCGAUACCAGACCAACGGGGCGCGCCCUGAAAUCAACCCAACGGGAGUCCAAGGAGCAGGGACCCAAAGAAACAACAUGGAGAUAACCUGGACGCCUCUGAAUGCAACUCAAGCUUAUGGGCCCAACCUCAGGUACAUCGUGAGAUGGAGACGAAGGGACCCCCGAGGGAGCUGGUACAAUGAGACAGUGAAGACACCAAGGCACGUUGUCUGGAAUACACCCAUCUACGUACCCUACGAGAUCAAAGUGCAGGCGGAGAACGACUUUGGCAGAGCACCAGAGCCCGACACGGUGAUCGGCUAUUCAGGGGAAGAUUAUCCCAAGGCUGCUCCGACGGAUGUUAGGAUAAGAGUUUUAAACAGCACCGCAAUCGCUCUCACCUGGACCCGCGUGCACCCGGACACCAUCCAGGGACAGCUUAAGGAAUACAGAGCCUAUUUCUGGAGAGAAAGUAGUUUGCUGAAGAACCUGUGGGUCUCCAAAAAACGGCAGUAUGUGAGUUUUCCUGGAGACCGAAACCGGGGCAUAGUGUCCCGGCUGUUUCCUUACAGCAACUACAAGCUUGAGAUGGUUGUAACCAACGGGAGAGGAGAUGGGCCGCGCAGCGAAGCGAAGGAGUUCCCCACUCCAGAAGGAGUGCCCAGCUCCCCCAGGUAUUUAAGGAUCCGACAGCCUAAUCUGGAAACCAUCAAUCUGGAAUGGGAUCACCCAGAGCAUCCCAACGGAGUCCUCACAGGAUACAACCUUAGAUAUCAAGCCUUUAAUGGAUCCAAAACGGGCAGAACCCUGGUGGAGAACUUCUCUCCCAACCAGACGAGGUUCACCCUGCAGAGGACAGACCCCAUCUCGCGCUACCGAUUCUUCCUGCGCGCAAGGACCCAGGUGGGAGACGGAGAAACCAUCGUGGAGGAGUCACCAGCCCUGCUGAACGAAGCCACGCCAACCCCAGCUGCAACUUGGCUGCCUCCAGCUACAGCCAGUCCAACCAGCCCUACAGAUACCACAACUAUGGCCACAACUACCACCACCACCACUACAGUCGCCACCACCACCACCACUACAGUCGCCACCACCACUACAGUCGCCACCACUCUGCCCACCACAACCGUCGCAACCACCACAACUACUACCGAGAGGGCUGCGGCAGCCACCCCAAAGCAGGAGCUUGCCGCCAAUGGAUCGUCCAUAUGGGACAUAAGAGCUUUGGCUAAUAGUAACUGGGCAAACAUCACCUGGAGCCACAAUUACUCUGCAGGAACUGACUUUGUGGUUAAGUAUAUCACCAGUAACAAGACAGAGAAAUCUAUCCCCGUUAAAGCUCAGACCCCUUCCUCUGUGCAGCUGGCUAAUCUGACGCCCGGGAUGAUGUACAAGUUGUGGGUUUUCCCCAUAUGGUCUAGCCCCAGCGAACACUCUUACAUUACCUUUACGACAAGCUCAGCUUAUACUAAGAAUCACGUGGACAUCGCAACCCAGGGCUGGUUCAUUGGGCUGAUGUGCGCCAUAGCUCUCCUGGUUCUUAUUCUGCUGAUAGUGUGCUUCAUUAAGAGAAGCAGAGGCGGAAAAUACCCAGUGCGAGAUAACAAAGACGAGCAUCUCAAUCCUGAAGACAAGAACGCAGAAGAUGGGUCGUUUGACUACAGCGACGAAGACAACAAACCGCUGCCAAACAGCCAGACCUCCUUGGACGGCACCAUCAAGCAGCAGGAGAGCGACGAUAGCUUGGUGGACUAUGGCGAGGGGGGCGAAGGGCAGUUUAACGAGGACGGCUCCUUUAUCGGCCAGUACACGGUGAAGAAGGACAAAGAGGAGACGGAAGGCAACGAGAGCUCGGAAGCCACCUCCCCGGUCAAUGCUAUCUACUCGUUGGCAUAGUGCAAUACAUACGUGAAACCACAAACGACCUAAGACAUAUGUAGUGGAUGGGGGUUACACAACAGCCGCCGCCACCACUGCCUCCAACAGAAACGUGUGAAUGAAACAAACCAACAAUGACAAAAAAAAGAAAAAGAAAAAAAAAAAGAAAAAAAUUCCAAGCAAACAGGCAGACCGGGGGCUGCCGAAGCCAUCUUAUCCUUAGCAAACAAGCAAGUGGCAAGGACUGCCGAGGUGCUGAGGGGUCGCAGCUGUAGCUGAGGUCUGAGCUGAACCAAAGGGGCUAGAGCAGGAGCGGGACGCGCGAGCGCUGUACCCCAGCUUCAGGGCCUGGCCGCCGCCACCCCCAGGUCCUCUCCACCAGCCCGGCUGCCGCCGCGGCUCCCCGAGGCUCUUCGUGUUCUUUUGGGAGUUAAAAGUUGUGCUUUUUAAUCUCUGCGGGCAGGUUCCAGAUAAGGGGAAAAAAAUUUGGGAGAGGGGAGAGGGGUGAGCAGGGCCUUUCCAGGGUACUAAGAGCAGCAUAAAUGCAUAAAAGAAAAGGAGACGGGUCAAUCCAUGGGUAACACCACUACAGGACUGCAUUACUGAGGUGUUCAACUUCCCAGCAGCGCCUCACCCCUAACCUUUCCCAAACAAGCUGGCACCACAAGCUCUUCCCCAAAGAUCGAGCAGAACCCGGCCAGCCGGGAGGGAAGAGCAGGUCCCCUGCCGCUUUCCUUGGCCGCUGGGACUGCGCCGUAACUCGUGUCGGUGCUGAACCUCCGCGUUGGUUCAGGCACCACGGCACGUCCCCGCCUGCAAAGCCCGCAGGGAGCUGACCCUGCCACCUCCGUGCGACUCGGAAGGAUCCUGAGAGAAAAAUAAGUUGCAGAAGAGCUUCUGGGAUUUGCUUAAGGACAGCCAGGUGCAGCUCACCCUCUGAUUCCAAGGGAUGGCUCACUCACCAGGAUAACGGCAUCGCUCGCCUGGAUAACUACAGGCAAAACAUUUUGUUUUAGUCUUUGCUUUGUAAGAAUUUGGGGAGAAACCACCCCCAGACCAUGCCUGCUUUCUUUUAAAGGCAACUCCACACAUCUUAUGUAGCAAAGAGGGAGUGGAAGCAGGACCAGUAUUAACACAGAAUGAAGGGACCAGUAAUUGCUUUUUUUUUUUUUUUUUUUUUUUUAAAAAAAGAAACAAAACCACCAAAUCAGGAGGAGACAGCACCCGCUCCAGGCGGGUGGGAGAACUCCUGAUAUCAGCCUGCACUGCGACUCCUGAUCAGCAACCUGAACAGUUCAGGGACGCAAGUCCCUCGGGAAAGCAUGAUGAAAGCACAGCUGUAUGAGGCAGGAAUGCAGGGCCUGAUGUCCACACCUUCCCCUGGCAAUGGGGUAUGAGUCAGAUUGACAGUGUUUUCAGCUAAAAUCCUAAUUUCUUACAGUGGCCUUUGCCUCCUUUGAUCAAUCAGCCUAAGGGAGACACUUCCACGUGCUAACAGCUGCAAUGCGGAACUCGCACCCGUUGUGUUACUUACAUAUCAAGAACACGCAAGUUAAGUUAACCCGUUAAUGCACCAUAACAAAGCGUCUCAGAUAGAAGUGCUCCUUCACAUGCCUUACACAGCCUCAAACUUCCCAUGAAGUUUAAUAAACUGAUACUAUUCACCCACAGCUUAUGCACCCCUAAUGCGAUGGUCUUUGGUCCGUCAGACCGAUAUGAGUAGGAUGCGUGGGCAGCUCUCCCAGCUGAGCAAGCAUGGAUCACUGUAGAAGGUAGAGUUUUAUAAUAAACCAUACUUAGUGGACAGCACCAUGUGUAUUCUCCCACUUCCUGCACUUUUGAAACCAAAGGUACCUUUGCUGAGAGAGAUCGGAUUUCUUCAGACAGUUUCACGGAUGUAGAACUAUGUUAGGAUGGAUUUUUCUUUCAUUCCUUUCUUAAAGGAGAUGGUUUUGUUCAGCAUAAUGGAUUAAAUGCAAUAGGAUUAAUGCAAUUAUUCUUUUAGCUUUCAAGCUGGUUUGCUAUGAAGACAAGACAUAUUGCUAACAAGAAUACUUCUACUAAUAUGGAUUGUUUAGAUGUACUUUGCCACAUUCUUUAAGCUGCUAAUGGCACAACUAUCCUGCAGUCCAAGGAAGAGAAGCCAGACUAGGUCACAGCUGUGCAACACACUUGAAUCACACAGAGAAAGCAGAAGGGAGAGCUGGAUGCAAACCGAGCGGCAAAGGAGUCAGACAUACCCUACGAACCACUGGUGUUAACAGGCAGUGGAGGUCCUUCCUCUAGCUAGGGGCAUUCCUGCUCCCCUGGUCUAAACCGCAGAGGAAACUGUCCGCCACGGUCCUUUGUCCGUGUAGUCUUGGCAGGGGUAGGAACCGCAAGUGUUGCUCCGUUAUUGUCGGUGUGAAUGCAUUGAUACAACAGGCCUAAUUCUAACGCAGUCUCUUGCCGCUGAUCCAUUGCAAGGAGGGCUUCUCCCAACCCGUUCCCAGGACAUGCAGCAACUGUUUUCAGUUUUUAUGCAAACAUUAGGCCAAAUCUAAAACAGCUCUCUGCCAAGGGGAUAACUGCUUCCCCUGCCUAUGGCUGUCCUUACAGCAGUGUUGAGUUUGCAUAACUUCUUGCCCAGCCACUCCUGGAACUGAGGAGAGAAAAACACCUACAGCCUUCGCUACCAAAACCAGCCUCUGCCACUGGAGCUGGUUAUCUUCAUUCACAGUCAGCACAGGAAAUUGUUACCGUUGCAUGGACCUGCUGCUAACAGGGGACACAACCCCCUUGGCUGCCAUGCAACAUCUCCAAACCUCGAGAAAGUUGGUCAGACACUACUGGAAGCAAGGUGGUCUGUGUUGUGUAUCUGUAUUAUGUGCCAUUUGUAUUAAAGCCUAUAUUUAUGUCCUGUCAUUAACCACCGUCUUACCGAGCAAACCUCUUAGCAUCCAUCUGGAAACAGAACAAGAUAAGUGUUUCACACUGUACCAUUCCGUCCGUGCCCGUGCACCGUAACAUGCCUCGGCAAGCGGGGAGGGAAGGAGCUGCGCUCAAACCGGCUACGUCGAGUCCUUCCUCCAAAAGGUCUUGCAAGAACAUUUAAACAGUCCGACCACUGUGUUACUUGUUAAGUAACUAGCAAAGGAAGGUGAUGUCUAUAGAGGGCCCAGCGGGGAUAAAUGGCUUGGUGUAAGUUACUUGUAGUCUUUUAUUGGCUUGGUGUAAAAUUACUCAAAAAUUGUAAGAUAUGGUAAAAAUGAUAACAUUUAUUUGAAACCUCCCCUAGAGUUUUGGAACCAAGAGAAAAUUCUCACUAAAUCUCUGCGUUCAAAACUCAUACAGAGCUUAACAUUUUCUACUCCCUUUAAUAAAGAUUCGGUAGAUGUUUCCAUGUGCAGUUACUGCGUUGCUGGAAGCGAAGCCCUUGCUUGCUCUGAAUGCAAAAGCCGCUAAAAUUCUGAUAAGCAAAGCGAGUUCACGUUGCCCCAAAACGUGCUGAUCUCUGGGAAAUGACUGUCACAGCCUUGGCAAUACCGCAGCCAACGCUUGCAUCAGGUGAAUUUUGCCUGACUACUAGGAGUGUGAUGGGACAUACCACGAAGACGCGCGCUCAACCCACGGGAAGGGCUGGCUGUGCUCGUAGAUCUUGUCCACCCAUCGCUAUUUUUUUGCAAUGCGAGCAACGGAGAUGGUGGGUCUCCCUGUCCCCUAACGCGGGUCCGCGUGAGCUGCCUGGCUUCUCCGUUCAGAGUGCCCAGGGGCUUCACCUCCUGGGGGAAGAGCACAGCAGUCCCUCCCCGGCGAGGCUGCGCCGCGACCUCGGUGCUCGCUGCCUACCCAACCCCGAGGAAACCUGGGGGACAGGGAGGGCCCUGGACCAGUCCCCUCCCUGGGACCCUUAUGGGCUCUCGGGAGCAGGUCACGCUUUGAACUGUUCUUUCACAGAAGAUACGUCUUCAGAAAGGGUUUAAUUAGGGGCUGACACUAAAAAGAGAGACGAGCCACACCCAAAAAAUCAAGUGCUCCCAAAAGAUGGGGGAAAAUAGUUUUAGUCCAGUUCGAAACUUGCAGACUUGAGCCUGUUUCUGAAAUGGCCUGAGCCAAAACCUCGCACAUGCUCUGGCGACGGAUGCAGACCUUGCGGCGGAUGCUGGGUGCGACCGAGCCCAGGGAAACAAACCUGCACCUCUUUGACACACAGCCUUUUCCUAUUUGAAAUCCUCCUCCUGCACAACCAGCUAAUACCCCACACGGCAGAGCAAGCAUGGGACGAGAGAGAACAGCUACUAUGGUUACACGAUCUCGAGGCUGCUCCUAUUUUCCCCGAAGUGAUGUUUCCAGUAAGAGACGGUAAAGCAGCAGGAACAACUGAGUUGUGGUUUGAGUUUUCCUGAAAUCCUGCUUACAGAAACUCGUCCAGUCUGUGCUAUCUGGAAGCCAGGUCAUAACGUCCCCUCAGCACCCACACGCACCCCUUCCACUAGUUCCUUCUUGCCUACGAAAGGCCCCACGCGCACGCGUUAGAGCCGCCUCGGACCCGAGAGCUCCAUCUCGUCGACUGGGAGCUGCGUUACGCGACCAGGCGAGAUGCAGCCCCCGCCGCAGCUGUGCUGGGGGGAGCAGGACCAGCAAGAGGGCAAAGACGUGCAGCACUUCCCACUCGUUAGACUCAUGUCUCCGACAUGCCUUACCUGUCGAGCAGCGCUCCUUCGAUGUGCCGUGGCCUUUCCCCGCGCGCGCUAGCGGCUGUCCCGGGAAGUCCUGAUGCAGCGGAUCCCUCCUCUCCUCCGGCGCGUAGGUCCCAGCAGAGCAGCGAGUUCAACCUGCAACAUAACGUUCGUUGUACCAGGCUUAAUUGUGUACUAGCAGCAAACGAUUUCAGUUAAGCAAUAAAAAUGAAUAAACAAACCUUGUAAAAAUAAUAAUAAUAAAAAAACCACGUUCUAUUUCUUGCACUAUGACCUGUUUUAUUAAAGAGAAUAAUAAUGCUUUCCUGGUCCUUACAAACAAAAUAACCCAAUACAUGAGCAGCUUCCCCUUUGCCUGGCAAUGCCUGUCUCUCCGUGUCCUCCUCAAGCGGGCAUCGGUCUUUGAUUGUCAAACGCAGUCUAAAACCCCCGUGUCAAAUCUGCAAAACAGACUUUCUCCUUUGCAGUACGAAGUUUUAAAUUUUUGUUUCCUUCUGCUUACAUCAGAAAGAAAAUAUUGGAAUGUUUUGUUUUUCUAUAAUUUGUAAAUAUAUAUCCAUCCAUCCUGUCUGUAAAACCUCUUUGUUGUUCUAAAGUAUUCUAUGUAUUUAUUUGCCUUUUUUUAAAGCAAAAAAACCAACACCUUUGAGUUAACCCACUUUUUCCAAUAAGAAAUGUAUAUCUGAAGCUGUAAAAUUAACAGUUUACAGCAAGAAGAUUUAUGGACUACAGAGAAAUGUUUAAUAUAAGGACUUAUAAACUGACUGCAUGAGAGAGUGAAAAAGGCCAAAAUACUCAGAUAUCAUUUUUUUUGAAUCACUGUAAAAAGAAAAGACUGGAUUUUUUUGUAUAGAGAACACUAAACAUAUAAUAAAACAUUGUUCAAAACUCA